AGUUGCAUAUCGAAUUGUCCGGCCGCCAUAUAUACUCUACAGCUAGCGAGAGAUACAUAGGAGGAGGUCGAUCGGUAGCUAACCAGUGCAAAUGUCCUCGCUAGCUACCUCUCAACCAACCACGACGUGCCACCCAUAUCAACACUACAUCACGUUUUCAUAAGAGCUUCCACACAAUAUUAUUGCCAUGUCGUCGUCCGCCGUGCCAAAUGUUAGCUCCGCUUCAAACCCGGGCGCGCACUUUCUUCCUCCUCUCGCUGUAGCUAUUAGCUAGGCGUUUCGGUCGCCGCGCCGGUGAAGCUAGGUGCUGUGCUGUGCUGUGCUGUGCUCUGCAAUUAAUAUUACGUCAGAUCGAUGAACAGGUUCAAGAACGUGGUGCUGCGCAAGUGCAAGAGCCUGUCAUCACGGGUAGGGCGCCCGCCGAGCGCGUCGCCGUCGUACAGGUACAGCAGCCUCCGGUCCAUGUCCAUGUCCACCCGGCGGGACGCGGGCGCCGCCGCCGCCGAUGCCGACGAAGCCACGGCGGCUGCCGUGGGCGGCGGCGCGGCGGCGGUGAUCGUGGGCAGCUCGCGGCGGCGGUACGUGAUCAGCGCGGAGCACCUCAGCCACCCGCUGAUCGCCGCGCUCAUCGACGACGACGAGCGGCACAAGGAGCCCGUGGCCGUCAACUGCGAGGUGGUGCUGUUCGACCACCUGCUGUGGAUGCUGGACAACGCCGUCGACCUCCACGACGACGACGACGCCAUGAGGGAGCUGGCCCAGCUCUACGCGUGCUGAUCGAACGUCGUACGUCGCGCGUUCGUCAGAAUACAUAUAUACAUCCACACGUAAACACGACCACUAGCGUCACAUGCAUGUCGAUCGCUCGGUCCGCUUUGGUUCCUCUAAUUAUCAGUUUCUAUUCAUCCUCGAUUGACUUGGAAGGCGGGCGGUUUCGUUUUCUUCGCUGCUUUUAACUUCUUGGCGCCAUGCAUGCAUGGCUUGUAACUUCGAGAUCGAUUUGUGUGAUGCAGUUUCCCUAAGGUUUCCUUGUGCCGGUCUCAUGUUUGCGUUACAGACUGGCCGGCGUCAGCCGUCAGGUACUCAGAUCUAGUUUGUUUUAACUUUACUGUCACUGCACUGUUUAUUUUACUAUACAUUAUAUUGCGA